CGCAGCAGGAUAGAGGCCGCGGAGGCGGACCUCGGGCGCGCGCGCGAGGAGAUCGAGGCCGGCGACCACGCCUCGGCGCUGGCCCGGCUGCGGGUGCUGGAGGACGGGCUGCUGUUCGAAGCUGCGCCGGUGGUCGCCGCCAUGGGCGCCUGCCACCUGGCGCUGGGCGAUCUGAGCAGGGUGCAGAACAUCACGGCCUCACUCUUGCGGCGCGACCCCACCGACGUGGAGGCCCUCAUGCUGCGGGCCCGAGCGCAGUUCCAGGCCAUCGAGCACCACAUCGACAGCGACGCCUGGGCCGAGGGCGCGGCGGCCGCCAUGGGCGUGGCGAGGCAGGCCCUCACCUCGACCCAGACUGCCAGAGGGCGGUGCAGCUGCGCCGCUGGCUGAAGGGCCUCGUGGACCAGGUCGGCCGGGCGCGUGCCGCCUUCGCCGCGGGCGACCCCGGCGGCGCCGAGGCCGUGCUCACCAGCCUGCUGCAGGACUCCCGGCCCCGGCCCAAGGGCCGCUUCGCGGCGCGCUGCCUCGCCGAGCGCGGGCGCGCCAGGCUUGAGAGGGGCGACGCCCAGGGCUGCGUCGCAGACUGCCAGCAGGUCGGGGGCACCGCUAAAGGCGACCGCAGACAUGGAUCAAGGGGGGCGUUGAUUAGCGACGGGUCCCGCUUCCAUGGGAACUCGCGGAGUUCCGCCGCCGAGCGGGGCGGCACCGGCCGCAGUUUGGGG